ACCCCACCUUAAUAAAUUGGAAUUUUUGGGGCACUCUUGGACCAUUUCCCACUUGAUUCCUUGAUCCCAACCGGAUAAAUUGAAUUUUUUUGGGACAGAAAUCCAGAUUUUUUUGCUCCUUAAGCACUUCCCACCAAACUCCUUGAUCCCAGCUUAAUAAAUUGGAAUUUUUUGGGACACAAAUCUGAUAUUUUUUUGUUCCUUAACCAUUUCCCACUCGACUCCUUGAUCCCAACCUAAUAAAUUGGAAUUUUGGGGGCACAAAUCCAAUUUUUUGAUCCUUAAGGACUUCCCACCCAACUCUUUGAUCCCAACCAGAUAAAUUGAAUUUUUUUGGGACAAAAAUCCGAUUUUUUUGCUCCUUAAGCACUUCUCACCCAAGUCCUUCAUCCCAACUUAAUAAAUUGGAAUUUUUGGGGACAAAUCCAUUUUUUCCUCACUCUCAGACCAUUUCCCUGACUUCUUGAUCCCAACUUAAUAAAUUGGAAUUUUUUGGGACACCAAUCCGAUUUUUUUGAUCCUUAAGCAUUUCCCACUCAACUCCUUGAUCCCAACCUGAUAAAUCGGGAUUUUUUGGGACACAAAUCUGAUUUUUUUUUUGUUCCUUAACCAUUUCCCACCCGACUCCUUGACCCCACCUUAAUAAAUUGAAUUUUUUUGGGACAGAAAUCCAGAUUUUUUUGCUCCUUAAGGACUUCCCACCCGACUCCUUGACCCCACCUUAAUAAAUUGGAAUUUUUGGGCCCCCUCUCCCGGCAUGGGGCGCUGCCGCUGGCUGCUGCUGCUGCUGUGGCUGCUGUGUCCCCAGCUGUGUCCCCGCGCGGGGACAGCGCCCAGGAGGGGCAGGAAGGGCAGGAAGGAGCCCCCGGAGCCCCUCAACGCCUCCCUGGCCAACAGCCAGGAGCACCCCAAGCUCCUGGAGGCCGCAGACCCGCGGCUCACGGACCCCCGCAGGACCUGGAUCUCCUUCGUGCACCGCCCCGACGACGGCAGCAGCUCCAGGAGGAGAUGCAAAGGCAAAGACAAGAAACUGCGAGGCCUGGUUGGGCCCCCGGGGCCUCCGGGGCCUCAGGGACCUCCGGGAGCCCCCGGGGCUGAAGUCACCAGGGAAGUUCUUCUGCAGGAGUUCAAGGAGAUCUUAAAAGAAGCCAUGGAGCACUGGGCCUCCCUGGGGGCUCCAGCCCAGCCCAGCCCUCUGCCCUCGCUGCUGCUGGCGCUGCAGGAGCCGCCGUGGCCGCGGCGCGUGGAGGAGGCGUUCCACUGCAAGCUCAAGGGCCACGUGGUGGUGGACAAGAAGACCUUGGUGGAACUCCACAACUUCCAGUCGCCGCUGGCCAAGGGCGCGUUCCUGCGGGGCUCGGGGCUGAACCUGGCCAGCGGCCGCUUCACCGCGCCCGUGGGCGGCAUCUACCAGUUCUCAGCCAGCGUCCACGUGGACCACAGCGAGCUGAAGGCCAAGGGGCAGCUGCGGGCCAGGGACAGCGUGCGGGUGCUGAUCUGCAUCGAGUCCCUGUGCCACAGACACACGUCCUUGGAAGUCAUUGCUGGGCUGGAGAGCAACAGCAAAAUCUUCACUAUUUAUGUCCACGGGUUGCUGCAGCUGCAGGCCGGGCAGUACUGCUCCAUCUUCGUGGACAACAGCGCCGGCGCCCCGCUCACCAUCCAGGGCGGCUCGGACUUCACGGGAAUGCUGCUGGGGGCCUAGAAUUCCCAAAAUUCCCAAAAUUCCCAAAUCCCGGGGAUUGGAUUUCACGGGAAUGCUGCUGGGGGCCUAGAAUUCCCAAAAUUCCCAAAUCCCGGGGAUUGGAUUUCCCAGGAAUGCUGCUGGGGGCCUAGAAUUCCCAAAAUUCCCAAAUCCCGGGGAUUGGAUUUCACGGGAAUGCUGCUGGGGGCCUAGAAUUCCCAAAAUUCCCAAAUCCUGUGGCUCGGAUUUCUCGGGAAUGCUGCUGGGAGUUUAGAAAUUCCCAAAUCCCGGGGUUUGGAUUUCCUAGGAAUGCUGCUGGGGGUAGGAAUUCCCAAAUCCCCAAAUCCUGGGCUUGGAUUUCACGGGAAUUCUGCGGGGAGUUUAGGAAUUCCCAAAUCCCGGGGUUUGGAUUUCACAGGAAUUCUGCUGGGAGUUUAGGAAUUCCCCAAAUCCCCAAAUCCUGUGGCUCAGAUUUCCCGGGAAUUCUGCUGGGGGUGUAGGAAUUCCCAAAUCCCGCAGCUCAGAUUUCUCGGGAGUGUUGCUGGGAGCGUAGGAAUUCCCAAAAUCCCCAAAUUCUGGGCUCGGAUUUCACAGGAAUUCUGCUGGGGGCAUAGGAAUUCCCAAAAUCCCCAAAAUCCCCAAAUCCCAGGCUCAGAUUUCCCGGGAAUUCUGCUGGGGGCGUAGGAAUUCCCAAAUCCAGCAGCUCGGAUUUCUCGGGAGUGUUGCUGGGGGCGUAGAAUUCCCAAAAUCCCCAAAUCCUGGCAUCGGAUUUCACGGGAAUUCUGCUGGGAGUUUAGGAAUUCCCAAAUCCUGCAGCUCGGAUUUCUCGGGAAUGCUGCUGGGGGGGGGGGGUAGGAAUUCCCAAAUCCCCAAAUCCUGGGCUUGGAUUUCUCGGGAAUUCUGCUGGGAGUUUAGGAAUUCCCCAAAUCCCCAAAUCCUGUGGCUCAGAUUUCCCGGGAAUUCUGCUGGGAGUUUAGGAAUUCCCAAAAUCCCCAAAUCCUGUGGCUCGGAUUUCUCGGGAAUUCUGCUGGGGGCAUAAAAAUUCCCGAAAUCCCGGGGUUUGGACUGAAAAAAAUCCCCUCCCUCUGACCCUGCGGUCCCUCCCCAGCUCCCUCAGCUUCGCUGCUUUUCCAGAAUCCCGAAUUCUCCUUUUUCUCCUCCUGGGAAAAGAACAAACCCCGGGGAGCUCCAAUCGCGCCUCACCGGGGUGUUCACUGUAAUUUGAUUUUUUCACACAGCACGGGGAUUUUGGGGGGUUUUGGGGGAUUUUGGGGUUUUUUGGGAG